CAGUAGAGCCCGGAAACGGGGCGGGAUCUCCGCUCCCAUGAUGGCCGUUCAGUCCUUUGGCAGCGUCAGGUACUGCGAUACUUGAAUUAGUUGGAGUUUGAGGAAGUAAGUGGGGGUAACUUGUGUAGGAACAGGUGUAAAGAAAAUGUAGGCCAUUCGCUGACAUUUCAGACUUAUUUUACAGUUGUAACUUUGCUUUCGGCACGAUAUUUACAAACUUUAUGGAGUAGUUUAUGCUAGCUAACCGAGCUAACGCCAACGUCUCUGCGUUAACUUCUGUCAACUUUUUCAAGCUGCCACCGACUGACUAUCAUAAUGGAGGAGUGUCUUCGAUCGCCCAUAAUGUCUCGAUGAAUGUUUCACACUGAGACGUUUGGGAUUAACUCGGCUAAGGGCUGAGCUAAACUUUCCUGACAGCUUGCUUUUUGGACUUUUCCCCCCUCCUGGCAGCAGAAAAACACUUGUUAACUUUAUGAACAUCGACAACAGAACGGAAAUAAACAAUGUUUUCUGUCAAAGCUACGAAACCAACUUUCAGGAGUUACCUUCCCUCUCUCCAGACUGAUGUGAUGAACACUGUUGUCCCACCUAUUAAGAAGCUGGAGCCCGUCUUAAUUCCAGGAGAGAUUGUGGUUAAUGAAGUAAACUUUGUGAGGAAAUGCAUCAGCACUGAGAGCAGCCAGAAUGACCUCUGGGGGAAGCUGAUAUGCACCAACUUUAAGGUCUCCUUCAUUCCUCAAGAUGACUCACCCAAGCAGAAAUCUCAGCUGUCUCACGUGCUGCUCGGAGAGCAUGACAUCCCUCUGACCUGUCUGGAGCAGGUCGUAACAGUAAAUGAUACGAAGGGAAAGAAGAAGGUAUUGGGCUCCAACCAGAAACUGAAGUUCAACCCCACAGAGCUCCUCUUGUACUGCAAAGACUGGCGAAUCAUACGGUACUGCUUUGAUGAGGCGGGGCCUGAGAGCGCCAAAAAAGUGAGUUACUAAGCUGUUCACACUGCUUCUUGUUUCAGUAACAAGAUCGCUUUAAAGAUACUUAGACUUGAGUUGCAGUUGAUUAUAAAGUUGGCCUACUUUACAGGACAGCUGAUGAGUUCAUGAAAAGAAGGUAACGAUCUUUGGACACGCUCGGAUUAUAAAAGCCGAGUGAGAGUUGAGCUUGAAAGUGAAAUCAAAAGUAUCUGGAUUGUUAGAUAUUCAGGCUCAACUCUAGGCAAGAGUUUUCAAACAGAUGUGAUUUAUUUCAAAUCGUAUAAAUGAACCAAAACAGUUUUCCUCCUUUCCAAAUACCAUACCAGCCAAGAAAUCCUUUACUCAGAUUUUAGACUUUUUGUCUGUUUCUCUUAAUCAUUUAUUCCUAGGGUAGAAUUUUGGAGUGCUUUAUGUGCAGUUGAGGUAGUCUGUGUGAUGUUAAUAUCAUUUCAUUUUCCUAUGGACAGCUGCGUCACAUUCAUUUGAAUGGAAAUGAGUAAUUGUUCAGGAAGUGUGGUCUUUAACCAAACAACCGAGGGGACAUCAGGAACAAAGCUUUAGUCCCAGUUGUUGGACCAACUGGCUGUGUGACUCACACCUUCUUUCCACUGGAUGUGAAAGUGGCGCCAAACAGCUGCGAAACGUACUAUGCGGUAAUUAGUCUCCGUUAUAGUGGACGACUUCCUUUCCACCAACAGCCAAGUGUGAUAUUUUGGAUGCGUCCCUGAAGCAAAGGGGCACUAUGAUUACGUUUUGAGUCAAUUUUUUUUUUACGCGCAUUACUUCCAAAACACAGCAAAGGCCCAAUCCAGUACUCGCACUGCGCCCUGCGGUCUUCAGCAAAGUGCGCUUGGAGAAAGUGCGCAGUAGGGUUCGAGUGCAUAGUACACAAGUGUGCAAAUAAAUGAGACAGGGAGCAUUGCGUCAUCGAUCGCAACGCAUGCCAGGAUGCUGGUCGCUGUGAAGCUUUUUUCAAAAACUUUAAUUAACAACUUUAAAACAAACAACAAAGCAAUUACCUCAUACAUCAGGAAGAAUCCGUGCGUUUUGAGCGUUAUCCGUUUUUUCGUAAUCCGUUGUCGAAUUGUGAUCGGCAGAAGCUUUUCAGGUUCACGCAUCACUUUUUUUUACAGCAGCGGCCCAAAACGAUCUCCUAACACCUGGAUUUUCUGCUUCCUGAUCACGUGACUUGUGACGUAUGCAGAUGAAGAUCGGCUUUAGAGCUGGGAUGUUUGUUCUUGUGGUGCGGGGGCUCGUUCUGAUGCCCACACAGUAAAAAAAUGCAAUUGACGACUUUAGUCGUCAUUGGCAGGUAAUGAGUUAAAAAUGAAACUACUGUAAU